AUGGGCUGGGUAGGGGUCGCAACCCUUAUUGCAACAGCAUGCGUCUUUCUGUAUUAUCACCCUCCCGGGACCUGGGGACCUGAGGCCCCAGCAUCUGAGCCACCAAAGGCUGCCCCCCCUGCCCCUCGCGCAACAGAGGCGAAAGCCAACGGCGAAGCAAAGGCUGCGCAGAAUGAAGAUGACCUCGCCAAAGACUCCGAGACAACUCCCAAGGCAUCUGCCACUGCGCCUGCACUCGAGGUGCCCUCCUUUCAACUAGACAACCCCGCCGACCGAGAAACCCCCUCCCUGUCUGCCGACAUAAGUCAAAAUGCGAUGAAGCCCCCUUCUGCGCCCCUCAAUCCGCCAAAGAUGGGAGACAACAUCCUCAUGCCUCCGCCGCCGCCGCCGCCACCACAGCAACCGACUGCAACGAAGAGCUCCUCCCUGAUGCCUCCUCCUGCGCCACCUCGACUUCGUCCCAUCGCAUCCCAGCAACCGCCACGCCCGAACACAACCAGUUCGCUGCGCCCGCCACCCUCCGCUGCUGCUUCAUUGCGCGCCCCACCCAGUCGUCUGUCCAGCAGCACGUUGGCGCCGACAAAGGUGACGGCAAAACCAUCCAGUUCCACGAAACGCGCGGUUCUCGAACCAGGCUACUCGCCGCUGGAUUGGGCCGCGCUGACAUCCAACCCGAACAACAAACUCCGGGGCGAGAAUCUCCCUCCCACCUUGAUCCGGGUGACGCCAUCGAUGCUCAAGGCACAGAACGGACGGAAGGGGGCAGAUGCAUGGACAUCAUACCAGGGGAAGGUCUACAACAUCACACCAUAUAUACCGUUCCACCCCGGUGGCAAGGGGGAAUUGCUUCGCGGUGCCGGCAAGGACUCGGGGAAGUUGUUCUUCGAGAUCCAUCCCUGGGUAAACUGGGACGCCAUUCUGGGUGAAUGUCUCGUUGGGAUCCUCGUGUCGGAAGCCGAGGAAUUAAAUGAGAACAAGCUGGACGCGAUGGAUUGA